GCGGGGAGCGGCCAGGGGCCGGGCUGGCUCUGCAGCCUGAGAUGCUGUGGGGCCGCGGCGGCGCUCGGCAGCCGGGAGCUCUGCUUUGAAGGCGCUGGGGUGAGGUGCAUAUCUCGGCCGGCUGGUCACGCGAAUGCUGAGGACGGAAGCGUUGGAUGACACGCACCACUGGAUUUCUCUGCUUGGCGCACACGUUAUGAACCCUUUCUGGAGCAUGUCUGCAAGCUCCGUCCGCAAACGAUCUGAUGGUGAAGAGAAGACCUUAACAGGGGACGUGAAAACCAGUCCUCCACGAACUGCACCCAAAAAGCAGCUGCCUUCUAUUCCCAAGAAUGCUUUGCCCAUAACUAAGCCUACAUCUCCUGCCCCAGCAGCACAGGCAACAAACGGUACCCAUGCUUCUUACGGACCCUUCUACCUGGAAUACUCUCUUCUUGCAGAAUUUACCCUGGUUGUGAAGCAGAAGCUACCGGGUGUCUAUGUGCAGCCGUCUUACCGCUCUGCAUUAAUGUGGUUUGGAGUGAUAUUCAUCCGGCAUGGACUUUACCAGGAUGGCGUGUUUAAGUUUACAGUUUACAUCCCUGAUAACUAUCCCGAUGGUGACUGUCCGCGCCUGGUGUUUGAUAUUCCCGUCUUUCACCCACUAGUGGAUCCCACCUCAGGGGAACUGGAUGUGAAAAGAGCAUUUGCAAAGUGGAGGCGGAACCAUAACCAUAUCUGGCAAGUGUUAAUGUAUGCAAGGAGAGUUUUCUACAAGAUUGAUACAGCAAGCCCCUUAAAUCCAGAGGCUGCAGUACUGUAUGAAAAAGAUGUUCAGCUUUUUAAAAGUAAAGUGGUUGACAGCGUUAAGGUGUGCACUGCUCGUCUGUUUGACCAACCUAAAAUAGAAGACCCUUAUGCAAUUAGCUUUUCUCCCUGGAAUCCUUCUAUACACGAUGAAGCCAGAGAGAAGAUGCUUACGCAGAAAAAGAAGCCUGAGGAACAGCACAAUAAAAGUGUUCACGUCGCUGGCCUGUCGUGGGUAAAGCCUGGCUCAGUACAGCCUUUCAGUAAAGAAGAGAAAGCAGUAGCAACUUAGAGAGAUGGUGAAUCUGGUGCACCAUGCACUUUCCUGCUGGACUCUGGCCUGGUGACAGCUGCCCAAUGGCAAAGGACUGCCUGAAGAGUAAACUGUGUGGACAAUGACUGACCAUCAGUGUUCUCCAUAUGUGUAGGUUCUCGCAGCAGGCUUUGGAAACCUCUCUUUAAGUAAUGCAUUACUUCUGUCAGAAGUGUCCUAGGGCGGUUAUCUUGGGUCUAUACUCCAAAUUAUUGGGGACCUUGAGGCUUAAAUAUUUUUCUGGAUGUAAUACUAAAGGUAAGUUGCAUUCAUGUAAACUAGUAGAGCAGACAGACUUCAACACUAUUUGGUGGUUUCAGCUGUCCAUACGUCAGGAUGUGGAGAAGGGAAUCGCAGAGCUCAGCACUUUGGAGUGGAAGACCAUCUGAAUCUGUCUUCAGCCUACUGUCUCACUGAGUUCCCUACUGCUGUCACUGAGAAAUGCAUUAGACGAGUGAGAGGAAACCAGAACACUGUUCAUAGUUGGUUUUUUUUUUUUUUAAAGCAAAUCACUUACUGUAUUUUUAUGGCAGGAGGGAGAAAAAGUGUUAAACGGUUUCUAAUGAUGUCAGAUAUUUAAAUAUGAAUGACUAAUGUGUUUAGUAGAGACAAAAUAAACCAAUAAAUGAUCA